AAUAAAAACUGUGUUUGAUCGUGUUGAUAUAAAUGAAGUUCUGUCAUCUCUUUCGAAAGAUCGGAGCUUGCUUCAAAAUCAAAACAUCCGAAUGAUUGAAUGACAUCAAAGAAAGGUUCAAAAACAAAAUGCUGUGAGUGAAGAUGCAAAGGAAAUUUUCUAACCAGCCGUCGGUUCUUGAAAGAGCUCAGAAACAGCUUCAAGGAAAGCGUUUGUCUGCCACCAAGAGAGGGCCUGCUUCAGCCGAUCGGUCUGCCAAUCAAGAACGCAGGAAAGAAGAAAAUGAUCUUGAUGCCUAUCUUAGUCAGCUCUCCCGCAAAGUCACUAUCAGCAGUGGAAAGAAAACAAAAAGCACACUCAGUGAUGAUUUCAGUGACAUCAGCAUCUCCAGUGAUGGAGGUCAGGAGGUACAGGCGGCCAGUCUAUCAGCCAGCCGUUUCGUUAAGAAAAGCCACAGUCAAACAAUGGUGGACAGUGGAAGCUUGCGUCGGAAAGCUGAAGCUACCUCUGGGGGAAUAUCUAUGAAAAAGUCUGCCACAACUCCAAAUUUUCUGAACAAAACAGCACCUGUGUAUGCGUCUUCAGCUUUGCAGAAGGCAGCCAAACUUGGAGCAAAGUUUUCAAAACAAAAGAGAAGCACCGACAACUUGCCAGAUUCCGAAAGUGACUUUGAUAUAUCCCUCAGUGAUGAAGACAAUCUUACAUCAAAAAACAAGACUAAGUUCACAAAAGAAAACAUGAUUGGAAGUAGUAGGAAGAAGUCUUCAGGAGUAGGAAAGGCCUCUUCUUUCAGUCACCUUCAGAGCAGCGAUGAAGAUGAACUUAAGAAAGAUGGCAACAAGUUCUUAAAGAAGUCCAACAAGCCUUCAUUCUAUGUCAGUGAAAGUGACGGAGAAGACAAUAACUUUGGCAGAGAUGGCAAUAAAUUUCUCAAAAAGUCUGCUUCGAAGCAGUCAACAAAUCUCCCACCAAAACCUGAUCCAGAAGAGGAAGCCACAAGUAGGUUUUUGAAAAAACCCACCUCCAAAACAACACUACAAGACACAAAGUCUACCACAUCCAAGGCAAAGAUUAACGAGGACAGGUUCCUGACUUCAACCCCAAAGAAAGAGGCAGUCGCAUCAAGCUCAAAGCUUCCUCAGAAGACCUCGGCAGGGUUGGGACUGGAUAGUGAUGAAGAGGAUCUACAGGAAUUCAUCAUGAAUCUGUCGCCCUCUAGCUCACCAGAUAUUCCCCCAAUCCGAGAGAAGAAGCAGGUCACACAGAGUAGUAAUCUUACGGAAAGCAAACAAACCUCACCCAGUCGGAGACCAGCUACCCCUGGUGUUAAGAAAGUCUUUAGAGCUAGAGAAGAUUCAUCAGACAAUAGUGCAGUGUCAUCAGAGUCCAUUGUUACUGAGAGUUUACAAGAAGACAUCUUCAGCGGUAUACACACUAAUAUAAUGCAGCUGGAAGAUUUAGAACCCAUUGGGAUAAGUCCAAAGCUGGCUCCUGUAUCAUCCUCCAAGCCAAAAGUUUCAGACAAACCAAACAAGGACAUAGUCAGUAACAUUUCUGAACCAAGCUCCAUCAGGGAGGACUUCCUCUCUGGACUGCAAACUGUUGACGAUCUUCUUGCUAGAGACACUUAUAACCAGGGACGAGGAAGCCCUGCGAGAAAAAACAGCUAUAAAAGUGAUUUUGAAAGUGCUGAAGAUUCCAUUUCUGAAAUUCUGUCGAAUAUCAGAAGGUCUGGUAGCAAAACACCAAGGGAGGCAUACGCAGAAGACACGUUUACGUCUCAGUCUGUGUCGCUGUCGCAGACCAACACAAGCACAAGGACAAUACCAGAUUCUCAAUCUGAGGGUACCAGUGGACAGGAUACCAGUCAAGGUAGAAGGACAUACUCUGAUAGUGGAGACACCCUCACUAAGGCAAGCCUGAGUGAGAACUACAGCGAUGAUUUUGAUUCUCGUCAUACAGACUCUGAUGUGGAGGAUCUUUCCUCUGAUGAUGAGAGGAUGCGGACAGAUUCUGUAACUCACAGUAGGAGCUUUACGUCUUAUACGGAGAGUAAGACAAUCACUAGAAGUGAAACACCAAGAAGGAGCAAAAGACGAGAUAGAGAUAAGAAGAAGACCAUGAAGACUCAAGAUGCAUCGGUUCAAGCAGAUGGAGCUACAUCAGCUACUCACCGUUGGCUAAGAGAUUUGGAUUUGAGUGCUCUUGGUACAGUGACCGGCGUUGACCCCACCCCAGUAGCUAUGCAUGUCAUAAACCCACAGGCUCUAGAAGCAUUGACGUCCUACAGCCCCAGUAUUUUAGCCAUGAAUGAGAUGUUACUUUCUCAAAUACGCCACACUCAGCAGACAAUACAAGGAUCCCUACAUCUUCACCAGACCUUCAUGGAGAACAUCCAAACGGAUUAUAACUACACAACAGUGGAGGACACUAAGGAGUACAUUCGUAGACAUAGACGACCCAAGCUGACGAUGGAACAAGCUUUAGCUGAAGUCAGAAGGGAAAUGGAGGAGGGUUACAGGUAGAAAUAGACUUUCUCUGUGGGUUAAAUGGAAAGAUCUCGGUUGUUCUGUAUAUGACAAUGUCGAAUAAGUGGUUGGUAGCUGUGUGAGUUAGGUAAAUGCAAAGAGGAAAAUAAAAUGUAGCACUGUGAAUGGGUUUUAAGUACUUUUUGUACAACACAAAACACGAUGUCCAAAACUUUAUAAAACUUAUGUGGUUUGAAUAUAUUGAUGGUAGAAGGAUUCCCUAAAAAAUAUUACUCGCUGAGGUACUGUAGCUGUAGCAACACUGGACACUAUUGGUAAUUGUCACAGACUAGCCUUCACAGUUAGUGUAUCUCAACAUAAUA